GGCCCCGCGCCCCCCGGAGCGCCGCCUGCGCCCUGCCCGCCGCAGGGCAGCCCGCAAGACCAGCACCACUUCCUCCGGUCCAGCGUGCGGCCGCAGAGCAAAAGGCCCCGGAAGGACGCGGCGGGCUGCGGCGCCAGUGUCUCUGGGCCCCGUGGGAGAGGAGCUGACAGUAACGGGUCAACCUCUGGAAACGGGUCUGGUGUUGCCCCUGCUGCCCCUGCAGGGGGCUCGCGCUCCUCUUCCCGGAACUUAGGGUCCUCAGGGGCUGAAAAGGAGGAAGGCAAGAAGGUCCGGCGACAGUGGGAGUCAUGGAGCACAGAGGAUAAGAACACCUUCUUCGAGGGAUUGUAUGAGCAUGGGAAGGACUUUGAAGCGAUUCAGAACAACAUUGCUUUGAAGUACAAGAAGAAGGGCAAGCCUGCAAGCAUGGUGAAGAACAAAGAGCAAGUGCGGCACUUCUACUAUCGCACCUGGCACAAGAUCACCAAGUACAUCGACUUUGACAAUGUGUUCUCUCGAGGGCUGAAAAAGUCGUCCCAGGAGCUGUACGGCCUCAUCUGCUAUGGCGAGCUGCGCAAGAAGAUCGGGGGCUGUAUGGACGACAAGAAUGCCACGAAGCUGAACGAGCUCAUCCAGGUUGGAGCCACCACAGUACGUUACAAAGGGAGGAACCUGCGGAUCAAAGCACCCAUGUGCCGGGCCCUGAAGAAGCUCUGUGAUCCUGAUGGCCUCAGUGAUGAAGAGGACCAGAAGCCAGUACGUCUGCCCCUGAAAGUCCCUGUAGAGCUACAACCACGGAACAACCAUGCCUGGGCACGAGUACAGAGCCUUGCCCAGAACCCACGCCUUAGGAUGAUUGUGGAGCUGCAUCGGAAGGUGUCCAGCCUUAUCGAGUUCUUGAAGCAGAAGUGGGCACUCCAGGAAGUGCGAGUUCGGAAGACUCUCGAGGAGCGGCAGCUCCCGGGCACCAGCACCCUGCAGACACAGGAGAAGGUGGCGCUGCACCUGUUCCCUGGCGAGAACUGCACGCUGACGCCAUUGCCUGGUGUGGCCCGUGUGGUGCACUCCAAGGCCUUCUGCACGGUGCACUGGCAGGAGGGUGGCCGGUGCAAGCAGAGCACCAAAGAUGCCCAUUCGCUACCCCCAGCCCAGAUCCUGGGCAUCCAGAGUGGGCAGGGAACAGCCCGGGGCCAGGUGAAGUGCCCAAGGGGUGGCACUGAGGGCAAGGGCGGUGGGCGGCCCCCUCCUGCCACCGAUGUGUUGCAGAGUUCUGGAGAGAGUUCCCCUGAAAGUGCCCCUGGGGAGGGGGCCACCCCAAGUCUGAGCAGCCUGGACGCUCCUGACAGGCCUCCCCCUGGGCAUCAGGACUCCGGGCCAAGUCUCGAGAAGACCCCUGCAGCAGCUCCUGCAGAGGGCAGGGAUGGCCUCAUCAGAGAGCCGGGGGCCCUGCCGUGUGCCUGCGGCCAGCUCCCAGACCUGGAGGAUGAGCUGUCUCUCCUUGACCCCUUACCCCGCUACCUGAAGUCCUGUCAGGACCUCAUCGUCCCGGAACAGUGCCGCUGCACGGACACGCGGCCUGGGAGAGAUCAUCCUCUUCCUGGCAGGGCGGCCUCCCCUGAGGCUCUCACCCCCAGCAGCAGGGAGGCUCCUGACCUCACCUCCCCUGGCCCAGACCCUCAGCCUGGCCCUAGCCCUGGGCUUCCCCUGGAUGUUUGCACUAAAGACCCAGCAGAUGCACCUUCAGAGGAGCCCCAACAGAAGGGAAGCCCUACAGAGCCUCUGACAUCUCAGGGACAGCCUGCCAACAGGCCCCCAAAAGAGGUCCCUGCCAGCCAGCUAGCCCAGCAGCUGCGGGAGGAGGGCUGGAGCCUGCAGACGUCUGAGAGCCUCACACUGGCUGAAGUCUACCUCAUGAUGGGCAAGCCAAGCAAGCUGCAGCUGGAGUACGACUGGCUGGCUGUGCUAGGCCCUGAGAGCCGGGCCACCCGCCCAUGUCCCCCCGUCCCCCAUGAGCAGCGCCUCCUGAACUGCCUCUUGAGGCUCAUCUCCACGGAGGUCAACCCCAAGCUGGCUCCAGAAGCAAACGCCACAUCCACGGCAUCCUUGAGGCCUGCCCAGGAGGAGCAGUCAACAACCCCCCCAGGGAAGGUGGUGACCAUCAGUUCCCGGAGUCCCCGCUGCCCUCGAAACCAGUCUGCCCUCCGCAGCAGCAAGACCUUCCCAUCUGGUGCUGCACCUUGCUCCCCAGGUUUAAGGAAUCCCCCAAGGCCCCUCUUGGUGGCUGGUCCCUCCAGUACAGGAAGCAGUGACUCAGAUGGUGGCCUCUUUGCUGUCCCAACGACUUUGCCACCCAACAGCCGACAUGGGAAGCUCUUCUCCCCCAGCAAAGAAGCAGAGCUGACGUUCCGGCAGCACCUAAACUCCAUCAGUAUGCAGUCAGACUUCUUUUUGCCAAAGCCCAGGAAACUGCGGAACCGGCACCUGCGGAAGCCAUUGGUGGUCCAGAGAACGCUGCUCCCCAGACCAUCUGAAAAUCAGUCCCACAAUGUGUGCUCUUUCUCCAUCUUGUCCAACUCUCCUGUUGCUGGAAGAGGCUCAUUCCGGCCCAUCCAGUCAUCUUUGACCAAAGCAGCUCUGUCUCGGCCAAUUGUGCCCAAGGUCCUUCCACCCCAGGCCACAAAUCACUUGGCCAGUGCAGUUGACUUGGCAGCCCAGAGUGCAGGCAUUAUCCCUGGGAGCCCCCUGCCGGUCUUGGCUACCGAGGGCUUGUCUGGCAUCUCUCCACUCUCUUCAGAUGAGGUAACAACCACUGCCCCGGGCCAGGAUUCCAGUGGACCCCAGCAGAAUGGAGACCCCGUUCCCCCUGUGGGGGGCACAAGGGACCCAUUCCUCAGCAUCCCCUCUAGGCCAGAGCAGGAGACAACAACAGACAGCUUCCAGGGUUCAUCUGUUCUCUCCUUAACCGAGCUGCCCAAGACUCCUCCCCAGAAUGGCCUCUGUACCCCUCUGCGCUCAGAGGGCUCCAGCGCCCGACUCUCCCCGCCCAACGUCUCCGCAUUACUGGACAUCUCCCUGCCUGGCCCCCCUGAGGAUGUGCUCUCACAGGGGGAGCCUGCCACGCAGAUCAGCGACUCCAUCAUCGAGAUUGCCAUCAGCUCUGGCCACUAUGGUGAAGGAGUCCCUCUUUCUCCAGCAAAACUGAACGGCAGUGACAGUUCCAAGAGUCUUCCCUCCCCAUCCAGUAGUCCUCAGACCAAUUGGAUUGCCUCUCCCACCCAUGACCCCCAGUGGUACCCCAGUGACUCCACAGACUCCUCACUCAGCAGCUUGUUUGCCAGCUUCAUCUCCCCAGAAAAGAGUCGGAAGAUGCUGCCGACUCCUGUUGGAGCUAACAGUGGCACUUCCUUGCUUGGUCCUAGUUUGUUGGAUGGCAACUCACGGGACUCAUUUGUGUCCAGAUCCCUGGCUGAUGUUGCGGAGGUGGUGGAUUCCCAGCUGGUGUGCAUGAUGAAUGAGAACAGCAUUGAUUACAUAUCUCGGUUCAAUGACCUGGCCCAAGAGCUGUCCAUCACUGAUCCUGGCCGCCGAGAGGUUCUGUUCGACAGUGGUGGAGGCGGCCCCCCGGUUGGUGACCUCUCCCAGUGACCGCACCUUAUGGCAACGGAAUCCUGAAGCCACAGAGGAGGACUUACUGGGCUGGCUGUGCUCAUUUGUGGCAGACAAAACCCUCUUCAAACUACAGAGAAAGCAAGUCAAGUCCAGAAUCUCUAGAAGAUAGUCACAGGGGCACAUCUGUACCCUAGAAUGUGCAUCAUGCGGGAACAGCUGGUCACAGGCCUAUCCCAACAAACGGAAGCUUAGACAUCCCGGGAGGCUAGAACCCACCCUGAGAAUGGUUGAUAUCAGAGACUGCUGUGGUGUGGGAAUGGUUCCUUGCCUUCCUGAAGCCUAUGCUAGUCUGAGUGGGGAUAUCCAGUACUGUGCCUCCACUGUGGUGCUGGGCAGUCCAGAGCUUGCAUUUCAGAAGGGUUGUGCGUUGGUAUGGUUAUUGUGUGUUGGGAGAUUGCUGCUGCAAUCUCUGAUGCUCCUUCACCCCACUUGGCUCCUCUGUGAUAGUGUUAAAGGGGACUGUUGACACAGCUCAGGCUCCUGCUUGGUGGUGUCUGCACCCCAAGGCUGAUGACAGGGCAGGGUUGGGGGUGUCCCAGGACAGCAUAUCCAGUGCCAUCUCCCGAGAACACUGACCCUUUCCUUCUGCUUCCCCUGUCCGGAGGGUUUGUUCUGACUGGUGUAAUAGGAAGGGGGAAGGGAAUCAUGUCUUAACGCAGGUUUUGUGUAUGUUUUGUAGGACUUUGUUAAGCUGGUUGAAAAUGUUUUUCUUGUGUUUUAAGAAUUAGGAGACACAGACAAGAAAAAACAGAGUCCUUUGUGUAGCUGGUUUCCUCCUCGUGUCCCCCUGAAAGUUCCUUUCAGGUGAUCUGAGAUGUCCUUUACCUUUACAGGACUGAUACCCCAGGCACUAACAUGACUGCAGGCCAGACUUCACUAAUGGGUCUUGGAGCUUCUCCCGAGAGGUUCUGUUAGGCACCUGAGGCCAAUCUGCCUAGCAGAGAGGACAUCCUGUUUGUCCUUCAGAGGCUCCUCCUCCUCUUGCUGACAUUGUUACAGGAUGUCCCCCAUACAUUAAGUCCCUUGGCAUGCUUUUGCACUGAGGCCCCAAGUUUCUUCUUCCUAAUUAAGGGGACCUGAGCAGGAUUUGGAUUUAUCUAAGAGCUCACCACCCUGUGAUCUUCUGGUGACUCCCUCCUGGAUCCACACAGAGGCUAGUGGGUAUUUCUGGAGGUAGCCUAGCAUCUUUUCUUUCCCUAGGAUGGAGCUAACAAGGCUCCUCUGCCUUCUCAGCUUCAGGAAAUACAAGCUUAUAAACCACCCUUUAGCCAUAUGUGGUGUGGCAUGGUGCUGGGCAAGUGAGGCCUAUGCUGCCCCCACUUGGUUACCCUUCACCCAGUAGCCCUUUCUGACCCACCUCCUUCCAUCUCUGCUCCUGACUCUCCUUUUCCCCAACUUGUCCAGUGGCAUCUAGGUCAGCCCUGACCCCCAUUGGUCUCUCCCCAUCUGUAGUAAAAAAGGGAGCCAAUGUGCGGAGGGGAAGGAAAGAACUUUGGUGUGGACCUUCUCCAUCCUGUGGUCUCACCAGCUGCUGCAGCGGUACUGGACUGCAGGCACCAGUGGAAGACACAGAGGGACAUCCUCCCCCUCCCCUUCCCAGGUUCCUCCUGGCACUGGUGCCUGUGAAGAGGCCUCUUGCCUCCAGGGCCUGACAGAGCUUGUGCUGUGGCCCCUGCUCUGUGAGUAGUUGAGAAGGGGAAUGUGGUGUUUGGUCAGCGGUGUUUGAACACUUGGUUGCAUGUGGUGUUCCAUGUGGCUUCCUGAAUUCAGCACCUUGCUGAGCUGAGAUCAGUAUGUCUCUCUGGGUCUGUACUACAGGUGAGGACCCGAGGCUGUACCUGAUCCGCCACUGGAGGUGGUAGAAUCCAUUAAGCAUUGUGUUAGCAGCAUGCUGGCCAACCCUUCCCUAACUGCUUCCCCUGUAGAGUACCUUGAGACACCACACCCUUUGUCCUACCUGUAAAAGGAGCAGAACUAUGGAGAUUAGGAUCCACUUCUGUAGGCUUUUGGUGUAGCAGCACUACCCAAUUGUGUAGACUGCAUUUGGGAGCCCCGAAUACAGCACUUGUCACCCAGUGGCAGGCAGGUUAGGGGGUGGAGUGGACUAACUGUCCUUUCUGAAAUGAAGCUGAUGGGAUUCCAGAGAAUUCUGCAUUUUCACUAGCAUUUGCUUACUGGGUUAAGGGGGAAUUGUCAUUCGUAGCAGAGAAAGUGGAGGCCUUUUCUCCCAUCCCAAACAUUUAUGUUAGGCAGCUGCUAAAAGACUAGCAGAGAAGCCUUCUAGGCCCUGCAUCUUCCAGUGGAGUAGUGGUAGUGCAGUAUCUAAGAUCAGUUUCUUAGAAAAAUCUUUCCCUGAUCCUGCUGAUGCCUGGGAACUUCGUGCUGUUCUGUCUUUUCUAAAGAUGAAGAGAAAGUACCUCUGCUAUCAAGGAAGUUGGUGUUUGGCCUCAUUCUUUACUGUGACUAUAGAAUAAUGAGCUUGCUGCCCUUGAGAAGAUGCUUGAAGCUUGUGCUUCUUUCUAUACCUUGUAGUGGUUAGGGUGCUUGCACAGGGAGUGGGGAUCUUCGGGGACCUUUCUUCAGGCUGUAGAUCUGCUUCCCGUACCUGCAGGUUCUUAGCAUGGGACUCCUGGAGUUUUGUCUGUUUUUUCAUUCUUACGGUGACCUCACUGUCAGUGGAGGUCCUUUUUAGUUUGAAGAUCACACCUUUGAGUCAACUUGCUGUACAAGACACUGGAAAAACAAGUGAGGAGGGGAAUAGUUAUAUCUGCUUCUUGAACACUAAGGUCUGUUACAUGUAUCUGUGAGGAAAUACAGCAGUUUGUCUUAUGGGGGAAAAACGGAAAGGUGAAACAAAAAAACAAAUCCACAGUACACUUUCCCAGCUGUCCGGCUCGCCACAUCUCCCAGUAACUUGUCAUGUGAGGUCAUUCAGGUCUUGGAAGCACUGCACCAACCCACCCACCCCUGUGUUACCGUCAUAGGGAAUCACUGGCUGCAGCACGUGGCCGGGGGCACACAAUCAGUGCUGUUUGCUUUAAUAAUUGUUAAGCCAUAUCAUCCAAGGUUUCUGGCUUGUUUUGAGAUGUGAAUUUGUUUUAUAGAUUAUAAAUAUACAGUGUAUGUAUAAAGCAGAAUGCCUGUCUUUCCUGGUUAUUUUUUGUACUAUAUUGUAAAUUAUAUUAUUUAUUCUUUACCAAUUUUGGGAAUAAAAGGUGUUUUGGUUAUUUAAUAUAAUAAAAAUUGUUAAACUCCUGUUUAAA